CGGAAAAGAAAAAAGAAGGCACCGCGACGCUUCUGCCAACACAACACAAAUCACAACACAAAUCACAACUCAACACAACACACGACACACCACCAACAUGGUCCGAUUCUUCUCCACCGCCUUUUUUGCCGCCGCCGCCCUUUCGGCGAGCGCGAGCGCCCUCGAGCUCGACCCCGACAACUGGCAGGAAAUGACCCRGGGCAAGACGGUCUUUCUCAAGUUCUACGCCCCGUGGUGCGGGCACUGCAAGGCCAUGGCCGCGGACUGGGCAAAGGUGGAGGCCGACUUUGCCGGCCACGAGGUCGCCCUGGUGGGAAGCGUCGACUGUACCGACGACAAGAACGACCAGAUCUGCGAGGCCUACAACAUCGAGGUGCGUGAGAACAAGAAACAAACAAACGAACAAACAAACAAUCCAUUAAAAAAACCCGUGGUGUCGUUGCCUCCUUUCGGUUGCUCGGGGCGGUGUGACCGAAGGGUCGAUCGAUCGAUGAAUCGCAGCCGACCCUUUCGAUAGUGCUUUGUGGGCCCCCAAGAUGUCGGUUCGGUUUUCGCGUUGUGUGGUCUUGGCACUGCAAUCUGACACCCGCUUCUUUUGUUUGUCGACGUUUUUUGUUUCGUGAUGUGCCUUGCCGACGCUGCCCUUUGAUGUUCGGGCGUUGAAUCCUGUUUGCGAUCCAAUCCAAUCCAAUCCAAUCCAAUCCAAUUUAACCCACAGGGCUUCCCAACCUUGAAAUGGGGAGACGUCAACUCCCUCAAGGAGUACCCGGGCAUGCGCAGCUACGACGACCUCAAGGAGUUUGCCACAAAGUACGUCACCAAACCCGUCUGCAGUGUCCACAAGCUGGAGGCCUGCACGGAYGAGGAAAAGGCCGUCAUUGAGGCCGUCGACGGCAAAUCGGACGAGGAGCUCGAGACGCUCGCCAAGGACAUUGCCGAGCAGGCCUUUGAGGCGGAGCAGAAAUUCGACGCCGAARUCGAGAAAAUCGAGAAACAAUUCGACGCCCUGCAGAAGGAAUUCGAAAACACCGUCGAGAAAAUCAAGGCGAAGACCAACUUCAACAUCGUCGAGAUGAUCAUGAACAAGAGAGGUCUCAGGGUUCCCAGACCGGAAGAUUUCGAUCCCAGAUUCGACAUGGAAGACGACGAUGACGACGACGAUCUGAAGGGCGAACUCUAAACACAACAACAACAGCAGCAACAGCAACAAAAACAACAACACUUACAAUGUUCUAGAGAUUGAUUGGAGUUCAAAGUUGUGACACGAGUUUUCUGAUGCAUUCGGCCGCUCAAAACUCAUGUUCCGGUAAUUAGAAAAAAAUUUAAAAAAAAAAUAUAAAAAAAAAUAUAUAUAUAUAUAUGUC